GUAGACUCAGUCAACUGAGUGUGACUCGCUUGGGCUGCAUCGCAGUAGUUAGCCAGCGGCCAGAGCUGGGAGCUAACACACGGCUAGCGGACUCGUCUCCGCCUCAAGCCCAUUUCCAUUCGGCCAGAGCCGAGUGCACAUCUCGCUUAAACCUUCGCGGAUUGUUGUUGUUAUUCACCAUGAAGAAGAUAAAAAGGCCCACAUCUUGACGUCCACUGUGGGGUCAAUGACGGACAGUCGCCGCGUCGGUGACUGACAUGGAUGCAAGUGACAUUAAGGAUGUGAAACUUUCAGCUGAAGUGGAGCCGUUCAUCCCACAGAAGAAAGGUCACGAAGGAUCCCUGGUCAGCAUGAGUCUGUCCGGAGAGCCGGUGGGUGGAGGAGGAGGUGGCGGAGGCAUAGGAGGGGGCAACGGAGGGGUGGAAACCACUCCUAUACCGAGCUACCUCAUCACCUGCUACCCUUUUGUUCAGGAGAACCAACCCAACAGGCAUCAUCAUCCAAUGUACAAUGGAGGGGAGCUGCGCUGGCAGCAGCCGAACCCUGGCCCCGGUGGUCCCUACCUGGCCUACCCAAUCAUGUCUUCUCCUCAACCACCUGUGUCCAGUGACUAUACCUACUACCAGAUUAUGCCUGCCCAGUGCCCUCCUGUGAUGGGCUUCUACCAGCCAUUUCCUGGCACCUACACAGGGCCAGUUCAGCCUGGGGUUGUCAAUCCAGUCUCGGCAGAUGUUAGCGAAAGGCCUCUGCCUCUUGGGCCGGCGUACGGGAUGCCGAAUCAACGAGGGAGAGGCACCAUCCGACCUAAUCUCCCAAAGCAGCAACACUUAGGUGUUUGCCAGCCACCGAGGGGUCGCCGUCCCCCAAACAGGAGCGUGGCUGUCCAGAAGGAAGUGUGCACCAUAGGCCAUGAUGGUUGGACUAAGAAAGUGCUACUGGUGGAUGCAGCUCAGCAGACUGAUUUCCCAGGCGAGGUGUCCGGGCGAGGUUUUGGGGAGCCGGCCAGUCCGCUGCUGUGGACGAACCGAACGAAGAGGCAACCGACAUCACAUGCGCCUGAAAGCUACAGCGAUCACGGCACCAGCGAAGCAGAUAUAGACAGCGACAGUGGAUACUGCAGCCCCAAACAUAAACAGACUGCAGGAGUAACACAUCGAGCAGCAGAGACGUCGGCAUCAUCCAGCGGAGUUGAGAGCGGUGUUAUGAAAACAGGUACAUGGGUAAAUGUAGCUUCACAGGCGACCCAGAAGUCCUGGGGGGACAGGAACGGCCAUUUCCAUAGAGCGGACCAGAGGAAGAAUCCUGACCAGAGUAACUUCUCACAGGAUUUUCACAGUGUCUGUCCAGGACGUGGUCUUGCAAACCAGUCAGAACAAAGACCGCCGCAGCCAGCACUGGUCACACGUGACGAGAUCACUCCGGAGCCCCUUUACUUUGAAGAUGAAGACGAGUUCCCAGAUUUACCCACUGGAGGUGGUGUCCAGCGCUGCGCCAAAGGAGAAGCGACUCCAGCACAGACGCAAAUGCAGCCCAAACUGCAUAGAAAUCUGAUGGACAACCUGGCCGAAAACUCCCCGAUCAAUAUUGUGCAGACGCCGAUCCCUAUUACCACAUCUGUUCCCAAGAGGGCCAAGAGCCAGAGGAAGAAAGCCCUGGCCGCUGCCGUGGCAACUGCUCAGGAAUACUCGGAGAUAAGCAUGGAACAGCAGAAAUUGCAGGAGGCCCUCACGAAGGCAGCUGGCAAGAAGAGAAAAACUCCUGUCCCGCUGGAUUUAGGAGACAUGCUGGCAGCUUUGGCUAAGCAGCAGCAGGCAAUGAAGGCCAAACAAAUCACAAAUACCAAGCCACUAUCUUUUACAGUUGGAACAAUUACUCCAUUCCGCAGUUCAGCUUCAACCAAUUUGGCGGCUAUGUUGAAGGGUCAUCCUCAACCCCACUUGGGCUCCCCUAACACUCUGGAUUCCACCGCGCCACGACUAAAACGAGGGAAGGAGCGGGAGAUCCCCAAAGUCAAGCGACCAACAGCUCUUAAGAAGAUUAUUCUGAAGGAGCGAGAAGGCAAAAAAGGUAAAACAAGCACGGAUCAAGAGUCGUCAGGCCAAGAAGAACAUGGAGAUGAUUGUUUACAUUUUACUGAAGAGCUUUCCCAAGAGCCUGCCUCUCAAGAAGAAAAUGGGCUGAGUGUGCCCAGCGACACAUCCCUCUCCCCAGCCAGUCAGAACUCUCCGUACAGCAUCACGCCUGUAUCACAAGGUUCUCCUUCGAGCUCCGGCAUCGGGAGUCCCAUGGCUUCCAACGCAAUCACAAUAAUCCACAGUCGGCGUUUCAGAGAGUACUGUAACCAAGUGCUAAGCAAGGAGAUCGACGAGAGCGUGACGCUGCUGCUACAGGAGCUGGUCCGUUUCCAGGAGCGCGUCUACCAGAAGGACCCCAACAAGGCCAAGUCCAAGCGCCGCCUCGUCAUGGGUCUCCGAGAGGUCACCAAGCACCUGAAGAUGUGUACCAUAAAGUGUGUUAUCAUCUCUCCCAACUGUGAAAAGAUCCAAGCCAAAGGUGGUUUGGAUGAAGCUCUGUACAAUGUAAUUGCUAUGGCCCGAGAGCAGGAGAUACCUUUUGUGUUUGCUUUGGGCAGAAAAGCGCUCGGACGCUGCGUCAACAAACUAGUGGCUGUUAGUGUGGUUGGCAUCUUCAACUAUUCUGGAGCUGAGGGUCUAUUUGACCAUCUAGUGUCGCUAACAGAAGAGGCUAGGAAGGCCUACAAGGAAAUGGUGUCGUCUCUGGAGCAGGAGCAGCAAGAGGAAGCUUUAAAACACGUCAAGAAAGUCCCGCACUACAUGGGACAUUCACGCAACCACUCUGCAGCUUCCGCUACCUCCUUUUGCUCCGUCAUCUCCGAGCCCAUCUCGGAGGUCAAUGAGAAGGAGUAUGAGACCAACUGGAGAAGUAUGGUUGAAACUUCAGAUGUUCCAGAGCCAGUCGAGGCCGAAAAAAGUGCACCUUCACCUUCUGUGGCCCCCCACAGAGACAAUGAGACCCCGUCGGUCCCCACAAGUGGCGUCCCGCAGAGGACGGCGCUCCCAACGCAGGGUCACGGCGAGCGGGACGAGGUCCGUGCCGACGACCGCUUGGAGCUGGCCUCCCAGCAGAGCACGGAGACGGGCUCGCUGGACGGCAGCUGCAGGGGCCCGCUGAACUCCUCCAUCACCUCGACCACCUCCACUCUGGUGCCCGGCAUGUUGGAAGAGGCCGAGGAGGAGGACGAGGAGGAAGAGGACUACACGCCCGAACCCAUUUCCGUGGAGGUGCCCACCCUCAGCAGCCGCAUCGAAUCGUGGGUGUCAAAGACGCUGGAGAACCUGCAGCUGGGAAAGAGCCAGGACAGUACAGAGGAGGAAGAGGAUGACGAUGAGGAAGAGAAUGAUGAUGAAGAAGAGGAAGAGGAGGAGAGAGCACAGAGCGAGGAUGAGGAAGGCCUUGUUUCAGAGGGUAUCACGGAUACCAAAGUGGAGAGCAAAGAGCAGGCGGAGGCCAGUGAGGUCACGGCCUGACGUCGCUUCUCGUCCUCUUCGUCUUCUCGUUCUCAUCCCAUAAAACCAGCAGCUGUUCUCCUUACAUCUCCACGGCCUGAUACCAGACCUAAUCUCGCACCUCGGGCCUGAUUUACGAAAGGUUUACGCGUGCAAAAACGGCCGCAAACGUCAUUGCUCACGCAAACAAGACAUGGAAGCGGAUCUACUAACUGGUAACCAAUCUCUGAACUUUUUACCACCUCAAUAAAAUACUUGGCUGUCCAAGUACAGCCAUCACGAGCAACAUUAAGUAAUGUAGAAGACCUAAGUGUUUCACCAAAAAACGAGGCACGGUUUCUUCAAAGGUAUCGUCGCUGUCUGGCGGAAUCCUCACAUCUCCGAAAUCAGUACUUCACAGAAAUGAAAUCGCCAUCUUGCUUGAGUUAUCAAACACCGCAUCGUUCAAAUUGGUAUUAUACCUAAUAAAAUAAAAAAACGCCAAUUUAUUACACUAUCAUUAAAUUGAAAUUGUAGAAUAAAGCGUCAGCCGCGCACACGCCGACCACACAAAAAGCCUUUUAAUAUUUCACAAAAGCAAGCCACUGUGGGUUACUUCACCGUCUUUUUCAAACGUCUUUCAAACCAGCCAUAAGUGAUUCAAUAAAUAAAAGUAUGAGCUCACUAAGCAGUAUAAUCGGAAGAAAUUAAUCUACACACAAACUUACCUUCGUGGCUGACCAUUUCCUUCUGCACCAAAGAAUUACAGGUAUCCAUUUUAACAAAAUAGGUUUAUUCAAAUGUAUCCCAUCCAUCCAUCCAUUUUCUGAGCCGCUUCUCCUCACGCGGGUCGCGGGCGUGCUGGAGCCCAUCCCAGCUGUCAUCGGGCAGGAGGCGGGGUACACCCUGAACCGGUUGCCAGCCAAUCGCAGGGCACAUACAAACAAACAAACAACCAUUCGCACUCACAGUCACACCUACGGGCAAUUUAGAGUCUCCAAUUCAUGCAUGUUUUUGGGAUGUGGGAGGAAACCGGAGUGCCCGGAGAAAACCCACGCAGGCACGGGGAGAACAUGUAAACUCCACACAGGCGGGGCCGGGGAUUGAACCCGAUUCCUCAGAACUGUGAGGCUGACACUCUAACCAAUCUAACCCACCUAAGUAUUUUAAUUUGUCUCUAAAAAACAUUCACACUUUCAAUCUUGAAGUGACAUAAUGCCACAUGCCGCCCAAAGAAUGAGGGAAGAGGCGGAGUGUUUGACAGUUGAUAGAUUUGUUCUCAAGCUUUUUUCAACACAAUUUCGUUCAUAAUAAUGUGUAAAAAUAACAUGGACAGACCAAUGGUAUUGAGUAUUGACCAUAUUUAGACAUACGAGGUUCCCGCCUUACAGCAUAGGUGUACUUACUAUGAAAUGGUAUAAAAUUCUUACUACUAGUAAGUAGUAAGUUAAUACUAGUCUGACUUGCAGCCUGUGAUGGCCGCCGUUCUUCCUCAUAACUCAUACAUUGUAAUGUGUGGGUUGGAUUAAGCAAACUGGUAGUGGUCUCAAUUCUAUAAUGGUGUGUCACCGCCAUCUACUAGCGGUUUUGCCUCAUUAACAUUGUCUGCAUGCUUGACAAUGAUAGUAGAGCAGCAUUAGACUCUCCCUCACCCGUCCGUCCCUGUCAAAAGAAAUUGUAAAAGACGUGAAAACACGUUCUUGGCACCGGACGUUUACACUCUAAAAGACGUAUUAAUACACCCUUGACACUGAAUGGGUUAACAAAUGUACUUUUCCGUAUUUAAAAAAAAAAUAUAUAUUUUUUUUAAAGAAAUGUUAUGCAGGAUUGGAACAUACAUCCGACUCCCACGGACGCGGGAAGAUUCAAAGCAUACAAAACAUAGAUUUAUGUAAGUCAGUAAUUAGUUUGUUUGCCUCUUCCAAUUCCAUCACUACAAACUUCAUUUGGUGCUUGUGGUGCUCUCCGAUGAUCUCAGCAGUCUCUUAGAGUGAGCCAACGCGCGAUAUAGCGCCCGCUAUUUGUGAUCUUGGUAAAUCAGGCUGGUAAUCUCAGGUAUCUGUCAGUGCAGACCACUCGCACUCCACAGAGAGGGUCUAGAGCAGGUUCAUUUAAAAAAAAAAAAAAAAAAAAAAAAAAAACACCCACAUUCAGCUCAUGUAACCUGCAACACUUGAAUUCGGAAGAAACUUUCUCCAUUUUCUGCAUCCCAAGUUAAGUGCUCUCUCUGUCUCUCGUUCUGUCUGGAGAGAGAUUUCUGGGAGCAAGUGUUAAGAAAAGCUUCAGAGAUCCCGUGACUCCUCAGCUCUUGUCUUAUUUGAGCGCAGACCAUUUACAGCUCUGUGUGUGCGUGUUGAGUGUUUGUUUACAGGCACAUAGCUUACAUUUACUUUGAUGUGUUGAUGAGCUUUACCUUUUUGUACAUAUUGUGUUUCUGCGAGCGCUUCCUCGUAACCUCGUUGCUCCACGAGGGGGGAAGGAAAGUUUUUUUUUUUUUUUUUUUUUUUCGUUUUUUUUUUUUUUUAUUGCUCGACUGCUGUCUCGUUUUCACUACGGAACAUCGUCUCUGUAGUUGGACGGGCUUGCUCAAAUGACUCCCAUCAGUCUGCAGGAACUGUUUUAUAAUGUUUGAAUAAGUGCUUUCUCCCAUUCUGCAUUCAGAUAAUUUAAGGUUUAACUUCUAAGAAGCAAAAACAGUAGCGUCUCUGUGUACAGUAUUGGUUUGUCAUAUUGAUCUUUCUGUGUUGCUGUCAGUGUUCCAUAUAAACUGUUGCCAUUUGUUCUCCAGGGCUUUCUACUAAAGUCUUUUCCUAUCGAGGCAGGGUAAGGUUUUAAUACAUAGCGUUUUCUAAUUUAUAAUCCAAUCUAGGAUGUUUUGUUCAAAAAGAAGUUAUGCCUGUGGUUUAGGUGUAAAUUUAGUAUUGGGAGUUUAAACUUUAACAAAACAGACUUGUGUUCUUAAAAUGGGCUUGUUUAAAUUAAGCAAUCCCAAGACCCAAGUAUUGAGUUCUUACCUAUGGAAAGAAGCAGGCAUCGAACUACAACGAUUCAAAGUAGCAAAGACCUGUUGACACGGCCGACGUCAUUCACACUACUAAUGGUUAAAUGCCUUUUAACUACAUGUGCAUUUAGAGAUGUUGAUUCUGCAUGUAUUUGAGAAAAGAAAAACACACAACCACUUCAUAAAGCCCUUUUAACAUGUUAUAAGUCAAAGCUAACCAAGUCAGUCGUCCACUUAUUCCAAUAAGUGUCACGUUUGGAUCCUGAAAUUAUUUGUAGUUUUAAUAAAAGGUACUCUGUCCGUGUACCAUCAGUGUUUUUUCGACAAGGGUGUAUUUUUUUGCACUAUGUACAUACAGUAAUAAAAAGAGGUGUGAUUUAAAAUGAGCAAAAAAACAAAACAAAUUAACAACAAAAAAACGGUUCAAUGAAGUACUUUUUCAGUGUUCUAUGUCUUUAUAUGAAUAUUUAUGACUGUCUUUCUUGCCUCCAUCACUAGCAACAUUGUACAAGGCUGUUUGUCAUAAUCCCUAAACUAUAUGGACUGAUGAUUAACAUCAUUAAAAUGUUGUUUCAGUAA